AUGACUGAGAGACUGAGCGUGCAGAGCACAGAAAGGGUACGGAAAUGCCCAGUUCCAACAAUCACAUGGAUGAAGGUUAAUGGUUAUAUUCCUAGUAAGUCACGUCUGCGUAAAUCUCAGGCAGUACUGGAAAUACCCAACGUGCAGCUGGACGAUGCAGGCAUAUAUGAGUGCAGAGCUGAAAACUCACGUGGAAAAAAUACCUUUCGUGGACAGUUGCAAGUAUACACAUAUCCACACUUGGUAGAAAAACUGAAUGAUACUCAGUUAGACAGUGGGAGCCAUCUGCGAUGGGAAUGUAAGGCUACUGGAAAACCCAGACCCACCUACCGCUGGCUGAAGAAUGGAGUACCCCUCUUGCUUCAGAGUAGGGUUGAGAUGGUUAAUGGAGUAUUGAUGAUCCACAACGUGAAUCAAUCAGAUGCUGGAAUGUAUCAGUGUUUGGCCGAAAAUAAAUAUGGAACCAUUUAUGCAAGUGCUGAGCUGAAGAUUUUAGCUUCAGCUCCCACUUUUGCACUGAAUCAACUGAGGAAAACAAUAAUUAUUCCCAAAGACCAAGAAGUCAUCAUAGAGUGCAAACCUCAAGGAUCUCCAAAACCAACUAUCUCUUGGAAGAAGGGAGACAAAGCAGUUAGAGAGAAUAAAAGGUUAGAAGUCUAUUUCAUAAUUUAA